GUGGACGCCAUGACCGCCGGCGCCAUCGCCUACGCGCUGACCCGCAACUGCAGCAGCGGCCAGAUACCCGGGUGCACAUGCCAGGCCAAGACCAGCCGUGGAGGCGCUGACUGGCACUGGGGCGGCUGCAGCGACAACAUCGACUUCGGCGUGCGCAUGUCGCAGCAGUUUCUGGACCACGUGCCGCUGGACAUACCGCUGAGGCAGGCUGUCGUCAGACUGCACAACAACCAGGCCGGCAGACAGCUGGUGCGCCGCUCGGCCCGGAGGCUGUGCAAAUGUCACGGGGUCAGCGGCUCGUGCACCAUGGAGACCUGCUGGACGCAGAUCGCCGACUUCACGCUGACGGCCGAGCGCAUCCGACGUCGCUACCGCAAAGCCAAACGGCUGGCGACGGGCGCCGACGGCAACGUGGUCUCGCCGGAGAGCGCGGUCAGCCUGGAGGGUGUCUCGCCGCUGGAUCUCGUGUACCUGGACGACUCGCCGGACUUUUGUCGCGCAGACGCUGCUGCAGGUAUUGCCGGCACCGCCGGCCGCCAGUGCUCCCGCAGCCGGGGGCCCGGUGUGCGUCGCGUCGAGUCGCGCAGCUGUAAAACACUCUGCCGCCAGUGCGGGCGCCGCGUGCGUCGUCAGGCGACCCAAGUGGAGACCUCGUGCAACUGCCGGUUUCACUGGUGCUGCCAUGUGACGUGCGACACGUGCGUGGAGCGGACGUACAAGUACUCGUGCCGCUAG